AUGGGUUCCCCGAAGAAAUCGUUGAAUAGGCCAAAGAAGCGUGUCUUGGUCCGUUGGGAUGAAAUUCUGCUGACGACAGUAGAAAACCUGAAUGAGCUUCUUCUGCUAUGCGUCCAAGCGGUUUGCAACGCUCAGUCGGUAAAGAUCCCGUGGUCGGAAGUCGCUAAGACCAUGGGCCAUAAUGUCACCGAAGGAGCGAUCGUCCAGCAUUUAGCAAAACUGCGCUCUCGUCGAGUUUCGACAGGCAAGGUCGUCCCCCCACCCCUGCGACGUGGCGGAGUCGGUGUCGCGAUCAAACCGACCAAGGCUGCCACCGGGGCUAAGCGCAAGGCUCACAGAAGCCCGACGGGAAGCGACGACGAGUCGUCGAUGCCUUUUGAAUGCGACGAUGCCUCGGACGAAGACUACACUGAGAGACGCCGGACCAAGAGAAAGCCCAAAUUGGGCAAGAAACGCGAGUCAACCCCCAUUAAAGAGGAAACCGAUUCGGAACGCAACCGGGAGGAAGCACGCGCAAGCUCGGAGGAGCUGCUAGUCCCUGGGGCUACGUUCCUUGAUUUCCCAAACAGCGACGUUUCCGACGACUCUUCAGCGGAGUCUAGUCCUAUCCCUGCUGGAAUCUCUAAAAUCGUGGUCCUCAAGUAUAGGCGACAGGUACCUGAAAACCAGGAGUUGAUCGAUAAAAACGAAGAAGAGGUUGCCCCUACCUCAGCCGAAUCUGGCGGCGCGAAUCUCCAAGUGAUUGGCAACAAUGGGAGUGACCCGUUGGGACUUGAUUUCAAUGCCAAUGUGCCAUUGGCCAAUCCCGACCUCGCCGGCUUCGUCAAUCCGGGUUCUUUGCUCUUACAGCCUUUUGAGAACAUGCCAGAGAGUUCAUAUAUAACUCAGACCGGUAUUACAUAUGAAAUGCCUCUGCAGGAUACCAGCGAGCUCCCCAGCGACAUAAUGGGCCAAGAUUACCUCAUCGAUGAUACCGAUUUCAGCUGGGAAGCUUUUCUGGCUGAUGGAGGCCUGGGUUUCUCUUAA